ACUAAGAGGAAGGGUCAUCAUUUUCAUCAUGGCGGACAUGAAUAUUCAUAGAAACCCAAUAACCAUAGGCUAUGUUGAUCCUGAAAUCGCAGUAGAGAUGGCAGUUUCGCGCCAUGUCUCAACCACGAAUGUUGUCUCGAAGUGUUCGUCGUUCUAGGUGCAAUUACUUGUUUAACUCUGCAUUCUCUAGUUACAAUCACAGUUUGUUUCACUGUAGAAACUGUCACAGCUAUUAAAUGAUAGAAAGUAGCACCAAACAGAAGAAACUUUGUCCUCCAUUAGUGAAAUCGAUUCAACAUGUGCCAUAAAGUUAACUACCCCUUUUUGGUAACGACAUCUCAGUCACGUGUGUGCUUCAAGAUGCCUCAGUUGCUUGUUUCCAAAACUUGAGAAACACUAGCUGCUUACUCGAAAGGCUUCAGUCAAUACUUCCAACAUGAAGCUUAUUAUUGCUUUGAUCUUUGCUUUCCUCAUGGCAAUUUCCUUUGCCAAUCCAAUACAUUGGUAUGGAUACGAAGGUGGACAUUACGACGAAUAUUACGACUAUGGCGCGUCCCCGUACUAUGGUUAUUACGACUUAGCACAUUUUGGGUACGACAGGAAAAUCAGUAGCUACGGUUACUACAUCGGGCAGUCUCCUAACAACCACGGUCAUGAAGAAUCCAGUGACGGAGGUGAAAAAUCCGAUGGUGGACACGAGAAAUCCGAUGGUGGACACGAGAAAUCCGAUGGUGGACACGAGAAAUCCGAUGGUGGACACGAGAAAUCCGAUGGUGGACACGAGAAAUCCGAUGGUGGACACGAGAAAUCCGAUGGUGGACACGAGAAAUCCGAUGGUGGACACGAGAAAUCCGAUGGUGGACACGAGAAAUCCGAUGGUGGACACGAGAAAUCCGAUGGUGGACACGAGAAAUCCGAUGGUGGACACGAAGGCUCGGCUGAUGGACAUGGUAUCAGCGAGUAAUGUUACAAAAUGUCUUGCGGUAACGUUAUACUCCUUGAGCUCGACGUAACGUCGAUCCACUGCCAGGUCUUAUUGUUAUGGUGAAGGCUAUUUAUUGGCAGGUGUAGUGCCUCAACAAAGCCUUAAGGUUUUGAAGAUCUAAAUAAAUUAUGUCAUUUCAAUUCAUUUCAUUAUAGAUAUUAGAUUAUAAAGUUUCAAUUAACAGUUUAAUAUGCUUUUUAGUAAAAUUUGUAUUA